AUGAGACCUUCCAGGACACAAUGUUUUAAGGCUUCAAUACCGAUGGACCUCGCAGGAAAUUCCCUUGACGAUCAAUAUGUCGGUUGUAGAAAGGAAAUGUUAAAAAUCGUCAAUAAAAAAUAUCUUUCAUCAGAAUUAAAAAAAAACCCAGACUUUAAAAACGCCUGGGACACAGCAAAAAAAACAAUGAAAAAAAAAAAGCAGAAGGCAUUGAAACUGGAACAAGCCAUGGCAAUCUAUGUUUACACUAUGGAUGCUGUACAUGACCAGUUCAAUAAAGCAGUUAGAGAAGGAGGAACACAUUACAAAGAUUUUCCAUUCAAGUCAUUGCAUUUUCUUUUGGCAGACGCCCUGAAUACUCUGAGAUCCAUGAAGGGUAAAUGUUAUAAGGUUUUUAGAGGAGUUACUAAAAAGUCUACCGCUGUUGUAGGUGCAAUUGUACGAUUUGGGCAGUUUGCAUCUUCCUCUGUAGACAAAAAUGUAGCGAAAGAGUUUGGAACAACAACAGUGUUUGAAAUACACACCUGCCUCGGCUUGCUAAUUGAAGAAUAUUCAGAUAACCCACAUGAAGAAGAGGUACUUAUUCCACCUUUUGAAAAAUUUAAAGUGUUGAAUGUCAAAGGAAAUCAAAUCCAACUGGAACACAUUCCUGACAAGACGAGUAACUUCAACUGCUUGGGAGGUAAGCAAUGA